CCAUUGUUCGGUGAGCAGGCGGAAGGAGGAGUGUCUGAGAGUGUUCCACAGCACUAUUGUGCCGGUCACUCACACUCACUCACUGUCAGGAAUCCGGUACCGGCGUCAACGCUCCCUCGACGCCCGACAGCCUGCUGGGACACCGAAAGAGGAACAUGGACCAGUGAAAAAUGAACACUGACCACAUGACAACAACGACAUGAAUGAACAUACGCAGGCUACUGCAGUGUAACAGAUUCAACUAAAGGUGCAGGUGCAGAGGGCCAUGAGUGGAAUAUUGAAGAGGAAGUUUGAGGAGGUAGACGCCUCCUCCUCGCCAUGCUCUUCGCUGCAAGAGUCUGAUGAUGAGGCCUCCUGUAGUGAGAGUGGGGACAGCAGCGACAGCGUCAACCCGUCUGCCUCGGGAUCCUUCACCCCCAACUCGAUCCUGAAGAGGGAGAAACGCCGGCGCACGAGGAAGGUGCACUUUGAGAACGUGACCGUUUACUACUUCAGCCGGAGGCAAGGCUUCACCAGUGUGCCCAGCCAGGGUGGCAGCACGCUGGGCAUGUCCCAGAGGCACAGCUGGGUCAGGCAGUACUCCCUCAGAGAAUUUGCACUGGAACAGGAGAGGAUCCACAGAGACAUGCUCAGAGACCACCUGAAGGAGGAGAAGCUGAACUCCAUCAAACUCAAGCUGACAAAGAACGGCACAGUGGAGUCUGAAGAGGCCAACAAACUCACAGCCGAGGACAUUUCUGACAACGACAUAGAUCUGGACAACACAGAAGUCGAUGAGUAUUUCUUCCUGCAGCCUCUCACCACAAAGAAGCGUCGGGCGCUGCUUCGCUGCUCUGGGGUGAAGAAGAUUGAUGUGGAAGAGAAACACGAGUUGCGCGCCAUCCGGGUUUCCAGAGAGGACUGUGGAUGCGACUGCAGAAUAUUCUGUGACCCGGAGACCUGCAGCUGCAGCAUAGCAGGGAUCAAGUGCCAGGUGGACCGGAUGUCAUUUCCAUGUGGCUGCACAAAGGAGGGCUGCAGCAACUCUACUGGGAGGGUGGAGUUUAAUCCCAUCCGGGUUCGGACCCAUUUCUUGCACACGAUCAUGAAGCUGGAACUGGAGAAGAGUCGUGAGCAGCAGCAUGCUCCCGCCACCAACGGUUACCAUGGUGAGGCCAGCGACCCUCUCAUCCAGUCUCAGCACAGAUUGGAGUACUCUCUGUCAGACACCGUCCCACAGAGCGCCGCCAUACACCUGCAGACCUCCGACGAGCUGGAGGAGCCGCUAGACGAUGAGGAAGAUGACGAAGAUGAGGAGGAAGAAAAUGAAGAGGAUGAUGAAGAUGAAGAGGAUAGCAGCAGUGUAUGCAGUGGACUGUCUGACACCAGCACCCAAAGUUUAGCCAACAGCGAAUCUGAGGAUGAGGAGGAGAAGUUGGAGGACUUUGAUGAAGGAAUGCGAACCACGCCCGUGUCGCACACUGAGGUGGUGCCUUUAUCCUCUGUGCUGUGCUACAAUGACAGCGCCACCACACACGAUAGCCACAUGAACGGAAACGCUUAUAUAAUUAACCAUUCCUCUGCUGACUACUAUCAGCUCGGGAACUCUAAUAGUGUCUCGAGCAAUGGCCCCCCAACCAGCCAGCCCAGAGAAGCCUACGGAGAUGCCUUAGCAUUCCAAGAUCCAAUCAGCGCCUCCCAUGGACCAUUUAACAUGACCGCUGAGCAGUACACGGACUACACUAACCAGGCUGAGGAACAGUACACUCCGAGUCAUUUCUCUCUGACCGAUGGUUCACCAACAAAUAAUCUGGCUUGCUACAUCCCAGAUCACGAGAAGACGGUACUGUCCAAAGUAAGAUUUGUGGAUCAGCCUGAGUCAGAGACACAACUCCAAAACUACCUUAAUAAUAACACCCAGGGUUCCUACAACUCUUGUGUGGUAGAACAGCCGGAGUCUGGUGUUACUGGACGUUCCCAUGACGUGCCAUUAGAAGCCAACACAAGUACGAGCCUCCCUUUAUCAGACCAUUGCCCUGAAGUUACGGCCAUUUAAUAGGCAGCGCCUUUUGAAGUGUUCUUUGAUCAAAUUGUCUUUAUUUGAGAAAAAAGCCCAACCUAGUGGCACUUUAUCGGGCAGUGAUGACCGAUUUUUGGGAAAUACCAGAUUUCUAAUUGUGGAUGUUACUGUCAUUUAUAAUGGAUAUUGUUAUACUGAUGUGGCAUGCUAGACCACUUAUUUGCCAUAUUAAAGAAAAUACUAACUCUGGGUAGCAUGAAUGUAGAGCAGUUAGCAUAAGCAGUCAGAUAUUAGCAGUUAGCAUGCGCAUCACAUUAACCACAUUGGUGGUAAUUACGGUUGACAACAAAGCUGUUUUACCAUUACUGUGCUGAAAAUAGAUUUUCUGUGUUUUAUCUGUUAGUGUUCUGGUGGUGGUGUGUUGCGGUACUUUUUGCGGAAGAAUAUGACGCGCAUCAGGGAGAAAUUAUGCAACAUGUAGAAUGUUCAAAGCUAUUUAACUUUGAGCAUGUGAUGAUGGUGUUUGUAAGCACAGCCAAUAAGUGGAGGACAGUGACUCCUCUCACAACAGCAGAACGGCUAAUGCUAAUAAAAGUGUGCAAUAGUGCAUAUUAUUUUCCCCAUCAAGACCAAUACAAGAAAACACAAACCUAUGUGGUGAAACAUUUCAAAUGCAGCUUGUUCAUUUGUUAUGAAAAUAGUCUGAUAUCCAAAAUAAGUGCAGCUGACACUGAGCUAAUAAUGUCACGUAUUUGAGCAAUGGUUGCGAAGCAGAUGCAAUUAUAGCACCACAGACAUUUCUGGGGUGGUAAACACAACACAUCUUAAUCGUGGUUAGCACUAAUGGCUAACAUCAGUGAUAAUUAGCAGGACUGCAUAUGCUAACGCUAGCACUAGUUUGAAUUUUCUUAAAUUAUAGCCAGUUAGUAGUUGCAAUAUGCAACAUGUGGAACGUUCACAGCUGUUUAACUUUGAGCAUGUGAUGAUAACGUUUGUAAGCACAGCCAGUGAUUGGAGGACAGGGACUCUGCUCACAGCAGCAGAACGACAAAUGCGCAAUAGUGCAUAUUUGCUUUACCAUGAAGACCAAUACAAGGAAACACAAACCUACAUGAACACAACACACCUUAAUCAUGAUUAGCACUAAUGGCUAACAUCAGUGGUGAUUAGCACAACUGCAUAUGCUAAUGCUAACACUAGUUUGAAUUUUCAUAAAUUAUAGCCAGUCAGUAGUCAGAUGCACCACAUCAAUGUAACAACAUCCACUGUAAAUAGCAGUAUCAGAAAAGUAAUCACUGAAGGGAACAAAUAAUUCAUGGCCUUUUCCAUUAACACUGGAAAAUUAAUUAAUAGACUGACCUUAAAUCUAAACACAAUUUAUAUAACUAUAGUACAUUUUCAUCUGUACCAUUAAAACAUGGGUUCAUAUGGAAAUGUCACUCUGGAGGUUCCUCCACUACAGUACGCUAAACUGCAAAAUAAAAGUUCAUGAACAUUAAAAAAAAAAAACAUGCUGUGCAAUGUAUCGUGUAAUUUCACAUGUAAAAUUCUAGUUUCAUGCAGAUAUUGUACUGUAGAUGGAACUUUUCCAUAUCUGCUGUAUGUGUCAAAUGUGCAAAAAGAUUUAUUAUCAGGUUAUCAUUUAAGAAUUAUGUGCAUAUUAUAUAUUGUAAAUGUUUUGAUAAGCAUGCUGUUAGGAAUCUCUGACAUUUAGUUAAAAAAAAAAAACAUUGUUUUGUAUUGAAAAAUGUGUUGUAUACGUGAUAUACACUUCUCUCUGUCACUAAUAUGCUUUUCCUUGGUUUUGAAAAGCAUGAAAGUUGUAAUUUGUAGGUUUGGACUCAAACAUGGGUGGCAUAACAUAGACAUGUUGGAAAUCAGUUUUGCACUUUGGCAUCGGAGUAGCAGAAUAAUAGCAGCCUUGGUGUGGUUGUUUUUCACACAAGUGAGGAUUUAAUCUCGAGUGUUUCAUUAACACAGGAAUAUUAAUAAUAGUAGCACUUUGACAUAUCUCCAAAAAAAAGUAUCUCAGUCAAUGAAACAAAAUGAUGCAAUUAACAUGAAUUGGCUUGUUGGAUUUAAUUUGAAAUGAACUUGUGACAUUAAGCAGAGAAUGUUAGAGUUAAAGCAUAUCAGUAUUACAUUAAUUCUGCAGUGACAGCAUUUCCCCUUCUGAAUGCAGUAUUAAGCUACAAUAUAAUACAGUAUAUUGUCUAAUAAGUACAACAUUUCUGUGGAUGCAGUAAUGAUGUCACUUUGUUCUAUUGAAGUGCAAUAGUUUGAGCAUUAUUGAACACUUAAGGCUCAGCAAAAUGGCUUGAAAAUGCUCUUGACAGACUGGCAGGGUGCUUAAAUAUUGUAUUUUGCAGUACUGUUAGUUUGAAAAAUACGGCGCUGUGCAAAUGUUUAGGUAUCAUUUUAAUGAAAAUUACAUUUUAUUUGACUUAUUUUCCUGUCAUUAGUGAGUAAACAAAUAUAAAAUUUGAAAUGUCCAAUUAUUUCAUAAAAAAAUAUUGAAUGACAAACUACAGAGUUACAAAAAACAAAACCCGACAACAUGACAGCUGGUAACAGGCACUCAAUGACUUGACUGCAGAAAUGACUAAAUACAAUGAGAUUUUCUUAUAAAAUUAUGUCCUUAUAAAGACAACAUAAAGAAAUUGUGCAGUUUAAACAUGUAGAAUGCUCACUCAUUUUACCUAUGUAUAAAAAGAUAUUUAACAGCUUUACCUGCUAUAUUUUAGGUCAUUUUGCACAGCGCAGGUUGCUCAGUUUUACGCUUUUUAAUGAGGAAAUGAAAACCUGCAUGAGAAACACAAACAAAAAAGAAAGAAAAAACAGCUGUGGAAAAGUUUUAGAUACAACAAACAUUUGUUGAAAAUUGUAUUUAAUUCACACCCCCCACCUUUCUUCAUUGGUGGGUUAACAAAAAAAUCAUUUGAAAUGGUCAAACAUUACCAAUUUCACAAAAGCCAAAUGUGACAUUUCAUUUCAUUGAUCUUUAAGUUAAUCAUGAAGUUGCAAACAUUUUCAAAAGAAAGAAAAAUUGCAGGCCAGAUAAUAAUAAUAAUAAAAAAAAUCAGAUUAAAACGUUUUAGGAGCAAUAAGAAGGUCCCUGGUACAAGGCCACCUACGCCCCUUGUCUCCAUGCAAGUCUGGAGUUGUGUUGGGUAGGACAUCUGGUAUGAAAAGGCCUAAAUGUGUAGUAUAAAUUUGCUGUGAUUCUAAGCAGCAGCCAAAAGAAGAAAAAAAGGAAAGCCGUUCAAAGCUUCGGAUGAUUCCAAUUUGCCUAAAACUAUUGCACAGUACCGUAUGACCACAGGUUUAGUCUUCAUUUAUGGAGGGGAAGAAAAGCGUUCAAGCUUGACAAUCAAAGCAUAUUACAAACCUGAUUACGACAUGAAAUGACUUUAAACAUUUGAAAAUGGCUGGACAGUAACAAAUUUGAUUUAGACCCCCCUCCCAUGCAAAAAAUAACAAGUGGAAAUAACACCAAAUUUAAAAGCUCAAAAAUUGGGUGAAGGCAAUAAUUUAUUGAAAUAUUUAUUCCUGUAAUAUAUUACUUUUAUUUUUGGCUCCUGCAUGACUGAGACUUUCUGUCCUUCUCCCAGGUUUACAAAUAUCAGAAAUAUCAUGCCAUCAUUAAAAUUUAAAGGUGGCUGGGUCGCUGUGACCUCUCAGUGUUACGAGACCAGACCGAUUUUGGCCAAUCAGGGGCUUCACUACGGCAUUUAUGACGGGACAAUGGUGCCAAAGCUUAUACUACAAGGAGGCUUUUAUUUGCAGUAUUUAUUCUGAAUGCUAUAUUGAAAUGUGUAUUUAUUGUGCUUUGCUUAAAUCAGUCUGUAUUGCUUCACUAUCUUAAAAAAAAUUGUCAUUUGUUUCACGCUGGUUGUGAGUUGUAAAGCUUCAUGUGCCUGAUUUGGUUUAAAAUCUUUUUCAUAUUCUGUGAAAUGCACACGUUUUGCACAAAAACUGUAGAAAAAUUUUGUCUGGUUUCUAAAUGUAGACAGAGCUAAAUUCAUUUUGAGUCGUUUCAUUUUUAACCAUUAAUUAAAAUUGCUCUUGAUCUUAGUGUCGUGAUGCAGCAUUCUUGUGUGCAGCAGAACAGGAUUAGUUUGUGCAAAGCGCCCUCUGCAGAGUACAGCGGGAAAUGGCACAAA